AUGUAUUUAAGCAAUCCCGUUGGUAAUGAGGGUACUAGUUUCGAAAGUCCGAUAAUGAAAGGAUAUGUUAAAGUUUUGGCUUUGGCGUGCUUAGUCGCCACGGUCCAGGCAGGAUUCUUGUUUGGUGGAGGCGGAGGAGGUGGAUAUGGUGGAGGAUACGGUGGGGGCUAUGGCGGUGGCUACGGAGGAGGUGGCGGACAUGUUGACACCUAUAAAAUUAUAUCCUAUGGAAGUGGUGGAGGUUAUGGCGGUGGCGGCGGAGGCUAUGGUGGUGGCUAUGGCGGCGGUGGAUGGGGUGGUGUCGGCGGCGGCUAUGGAGGCGGUGGAGGCUAUGGUGGCGGUGGAGGCUAUGGCGGCGGCUAUGGUGGAGGUUCCCAUGUUACCGUUUACAAAAUUAUAAGUCUAGGAGGAGGUGGUGGUGGUGGUUGGAGUGGCGGCGGCGGAGGCGGCGGAGGCGGCUGGGGAGGAUGGUCGAAAAAAUAA